UCAUCCCCUGUUACCUACCUAGUAGCGAGCCCUGGAGCCCUCAAUCCUCGUCCAAAUUCGUCCAGUACCAUCCAUGGAUCGGAGCGAUUCACAGCGCAUCGCAGCGCUCCGCUCGCAGCACUGGACUUUUUUGGAUUUAGUGAUUUAGUGAUUCCAAGGGUUGACUUGAUCGCGCUGAGUGCCUUAUGCGGCCAUGGCCCCCCCUUCUAUUCUAAACAUUGAACACCCUAUCUUCCCCCAACCACCGAAAAUCUGCGACAGCACCAACUCCAUUUCCACCGAUCGCACCGCGACAAGUUCAUCCACCCAAAAAUUUCCUAAUCGACCCGCGACGCGACUUUUUUUUUAAUCCAUCGCGACACUCGUCGCCCGUAACACUACUAUUACUCAUUUAUUACUAUCUCAUCUUAAUGCACAUGUCGCUCUUUCUAUAUAUAUUUUAAUUGCUGACAUAGUCUGAAUUAUAGUCAGAUGGGUUCCCAUUUGCGUCUCCAUCCGUCAUGAGUACUUGGUUGAACGAGGCCGCUGCCGUCCAAAACCACAAUGGCAACGGCUUCCCACAUAUGAACGACCCGAAUAACAUGGGAGCAGGAGGAGGAAUGGGCGGAGCGCCGACAGGCAUGAUGGACCCUUCCGCCUUUAUGGCUAAUGCCGGCCAGUUCAAUCCUGUCGCUGCUGGCCAGUUUAACCCUCAGCAGAUGGCCGCUGCGAUGCAGAAUGGCCCGAUGCGCAAUGCCUCGCCCUCCUUCUCGAAUCCCGCAUAUCAAACAAAUCCCGUCAUCCCUUCUAAGCGACCUCGUCCGAGAGAAGAUAGUAUCGGCGCGUCUCCGCGACAAAAUCCUAACAUGCUACCGACUUCGCGCGCCGACACGCCUCAACAAUCUCAAUUCCCAGGUUUCCAACCGAAUGCCAUGCAGCAACAGAAUCCCUCACAACCUCAGCAUUAUCCUCACCUACAACCCAAUGGCUCGACUACCGCGUCUCCUUCGCCAAUCAUGGCAGGGAAUCAGUUAAGACCAGGAAGUGUCCCACAACGCGUCAAUACCGCGUCGCCUCAUCCCUUCUCCCCAGCUUCUCAACAAUUUGGUCCCCAAGCGUCACCAGUUCCAUCAGAUCACGGUAAUACUCCUCAGCCAGGCAUGUUUAUGGGACAGCAAAACUUCCCUCAAGGCUUCAAUCCUGCUUUCGCCGCCGCCAGUCCCUCCCCAGCUAGACCCCCUUCGGCGCAGAAUCACAUGGCGCAAUCCAUGAUGCCUCAGUCGAUGGGUCAGAUGCCGCAACAGAUGCCGCAAAUGCACCCGGGCCAGAUGCUCACCCCCCAACAGAUACACCAGAUGCAACAAAUACAUGCAGCUCAGGCAGCCCAAGCGGCGCAGGGACGCGGCGCGAUGGAUCAGCAAAAGAUUAUGUACCAGAUGCGCUUACAACAACAGCUUCAGCAGGGCGGUAUGCCGAUGGCUGCGCAGAUGCAAGCCCAGAAUCUAGCCCAAGGUCGAGGUAUGAUGCCUAAGCAACCGAUGCCGAUGCAGAACGGCCAGAUGCCCCCAGGCACCAUGCACCCUCAGCAACAACCUCAAAUGGCGCGAGCAACCAACCCCGAAGGCUUCCUCAAGAACCUCACGGCGUUUAUGAACAUGAAGCAACUUCCCCUCGACACGAAUCCCGUUAUCGAAGGCCGACCAUUACACCUCCUACAACUUUUUCAGAAUGUUUCCAAAUUUGGUGGAUAUCGGAACAUAACUAGUCAUAAUCUCUGGAUGCAGGUUGCCGCUUCGGUCGGCUUCAGCCCGCAACAAAUCCCAUCAGCUCCGAAUCAAGUAAGGUCUAUCUACGAGCGCAACCUGUUGAAGUUUGAAGAGGCUUGGGCGAUGCAACAGCGAAGUCAGCAUAUGAAGCAGCAAUCAAGCGGCUCAGUAGGCAUUCCUGGUGUACCGGGUCAAGGCGUACCACAAAGAAUUGGACAAAUGCCACCUGGUCAACAUAUACAACCCAGUCAAAUACCCCCUCAAAUGCCACAGCCACAUACGCAGACACCCGUGAAGCAGAUGGCUCCGGCAAUACAACAAGCAAAUGUCAACGGAUUUUCUACUCCGCAACAACCUCGAAUCGCCCAACAACAACAGCAGCAGCAGCAGCAGCAGCAACCCAACGCAGGUCAAGGACACAUUAGAAGUAACAUGUCGCGAAGUAUCGAUGCGAGGCCAGUAGUCGGCGAUUUUGCAAUGCAGUCACCGGCAUCGACGGGUAAGGGUGGUAACAUAUCUAUACAGCCUCCAACAAACCAACAAGUGGAUGGUGCGCAUGCAAAUGGUACUACGAACUUACCUUUCCCCGGCCCGUUUUCGUCAGACCCCGACGAGUACUCACCGUGUUCGCGGGAGAUGCACAUGUAUGGAGGCUUCGAUCUCGACUCGAUGGCUAAGCUAGGCAACGACUUGGAAAAAUGGAGACCGAACAUGCCACAACCUCCAGAACUUGGCAACAUCGAUCUCCAUGCUCUUACGAAAAGCAUACAGUGCGGCAUACAUGGAGAAGUACGGUUAGCUCUCGAUACCCUCGGAUCCGUGACACGCGCGGCGGAGUAUUUGCCAACACUGUCGAUCGACCUGAGAGCUUGCGACGAUCUGGUGGAGUCCCUUAUAGAUUGCGCCGAAGAGCAGGUUGAUCUGCUUGCCGAAAAGGCGGAUCCUGUCUCGGAUGAGAUAGAUCUAACUUCCUACGAGGACGUCAUGAGAAGUUGUCGUCUCGAAGCCAUGAGCUUACACAAACCAAACGUGUUUGGGGAUGCCGACUACGAGCUCGAACACGCCGCGGAUCGUUUAUUGGCGAUAACGACGAUCCUGCGGAACUUUUCCUUCAUGGACGUAAACCAGGUGGUCCUCGCCGACGAGAUAGUGAUCAAAUUUCUUUGCGGCGUGAUACGAUCUUUGGGUACGCACGAGAAUUUACUACGAGCUCCGAGGAAUACGCUCGAUUUUAUGAAAGAUGUCAUAGUUUUGCUAUCUAAUGUUGCUGGAUCCAUCGAGAUACCCGGGCGGGAACAAGCGUUGUGUCUCCUUCAGUUUCUGCUUGCUUUCGCGCCGUCGCCGGCCCCUUCUUUGACAACCGAACGGGUUGUCUUUUCACCAUAUGAACCAUCGGUUCACUUUUACCUACCACACGCCGUCGACUCCUUAGCGAAGCUAUUAGCGCGCGACGAGCCGAAUAGGUCACAUUAUAAAAUAAUCUUCGCCGCCGACGCCGCCACCUCUUCCCCCCACGAACUACUUACGCGAACCUUCGGCCUCGCCGUCUCCCCGAUUCCCGACCAGAACAAAGAGAGCCGCCCGGCGAAUCUACCGUCGUUCGUCGAAGCGCGCAAGGCGUUGCUGAUGCAAGGCUUGCUUUCGGCCGACAUCAUUGCUCAGCUCGCCCCGGGAUACGAAUCGGGUGUAACGCGAGCAUGGCUGUCGUCAGGGGAGGGGUUCGCACAGAAUCUCUUCCGCCUCAUCCGCACACUCUGCACCCAGGCAGAGCCGACACCUCGCGUGGGUGCCAGUUCAAGAACGCAACCACGCGAAGACAUGGACAUACUGUACAUAAUUACCUGCGGCGUAUCUACAUUAAAGAGACUCGGCGAGAAGGCGAGAGAUCCCAACAACCCAGCCAGCAUCCCGCCGAAUGCUCUUCCGACGAGGGAAAGCCUCUUCGGUGCCUUACAGAGUCUCAAGAGCCCCAAGUGGACAUUACUAUUGAAUCAACUAAGCACCUACGCGGGGCUCGAAAGUUGAGUGAUAAGGGAUACGGGAUAUGGGAUACGCGCCGAUGUAGACAAAUAGUCCAGGUAGUUCGAAGAGCGGGAGAGUAGCGGCUCAAACAGGAUAGGUUCAUUAAAUAAGACGAUUAUCUAGGAAAC